AUGACCAUGAAUCUACCCAGCAUGACUUCUCCCUCACUCAAAUCCCCAAUCCCUCUCAUCCUCCUCGUCCUAUACCUGCUCUUUACUCUCGCACCAGCCGAGCAGAUCGUCCAAACAACCGUCGUCAUAGUCACCGUCGGUGCAACCGCUACUCCAACCGUCCCACAGCCCCCGUCUUAUACGUCCGCCGAUGUCUUUAAAGAUGACGUCCUCUCCGCCAGCAACGCCUACCGCCGCGUCCACAACGCAACGGAUCUCCUCUGGAACGAAACGCUAACGGACUACGCCCACGCCUGGGCCCAGAAAUGUAAAUGGAAACAUUCGGUGAGUUGGCUGUCCCUUAUCCAUCCAUCUAACCAGUCUUCCUCUCCUUCUUGUCACCUGGCAGCCUCAAGAACUGACAAGACGAUGUCUAAUGUGGUGUGCACACAGCACGGACCGUACGGCGAGAACCUCGCCUUCGGGUAUCCCAACGCCUCGGCAGCCAUCGCCGCCUGGGGCGACGAAGUCCGCCAUUAUGAUUUCCAGAAACCGACCGGAUUCACGGAGGAGACGGGCCAUUUUACCCAGCUGGUCUGGAAGGCCACGAAGCAGGUGGGCUGCGCGGCGGUCGAUUGCGGAUAUACGGGGGACGAUGACAACGCAAAAGAUGCCUCUGGGCGGUAUCGAUACGCGCAGGGAUGGUACGUCGUGUGCGAGUACCUGCCACCAGGGAAUGUGAUGGACGGGACGGAGGCGAUGGGUGGGGGGAAUGGUCUGUUCAUAGUCAAUGUGCAGCCGUCGGGUACGUAUUCGGGGCCGUCGACGACGACCUCGACUGAUGAUCCGGCUACGAGUACGGCUGCGACUAGCGGCGCAGGAAGGGCCUGGGUAUUGGAGGGCCACAGCUGGACUGGGCGCCUGGCGAUAGUGGGUAUGAUAUUGAUCUGGUUCCCAUCCGUUUGA